AUGUCGAACCCGUUGGAUACCGAUGCCGGCUCGGAGCUGUUCAGCAGCUACGAGACCGAGCUGAAGCUCAUACAGGCCGAUCUGAACCAGAAGCUGGAUCAAAUCGCCGAGUCUAGCGGGGAACAGCGGAAGUCGGCGAUCAGAGCCGCGGAGCAGUCUCUUGACGAGGCCACGGAGCUGUUGAAUUCAAUGCGCCUGGAGAAGCAGAACAUCCCCUCCGCCGCCCGAUCUAAAGUCAACGUGCGAUUCCGCAAUUACUCCUCGGAUGUUGACGAAUCCAAACGCAAACUUAAGUCUCUCUCGGACGACCGCAAAGCGCUCUUCGGCGAUCGCUACACAGACGACCCUCAGGAUGAGCAUCUGGAGCAGAGACAGCAACUUCUCUCCGGCACGGACCGCCUGGAGCGCAGCUCCUCUAGACUGCGGGACAGUCAGCGAAUUGCUCUCGAAACCGAAGAUAUCGGUCGCAACACGCUGGCUGAUCUGAACCAGCAGCGGGAGACCAUCAUGCAUACGCGGUCAGGACUGCUGCAGAGUGAGGGUUACGUGGAUACCAGUAUUAAGACUUUGAGGGGAAUGGCCCGUAGGUACUGUCACCUUCUACAGCUCCUGUUGGAUGAGAUAUACAUCGAUCUUGACUUUGAUAGGUGGUAA